UGUGGCGACACUGUAUUUCACCCUCACAAGGGAAGAUAUAGCGCUUCAAAAAUGGCUCUAUAAGGCGUACAGGUGAGAUAAAGAUGCUCUAUAAAAGUUCGUGUUUUCAAAGAAUAAUGACCCUUUCACUACCCUAGGGUAUCAAUGACACAGUGAUGAACUCCUAGGCAUUAGUCGGCGUAGAAUGCAACGGGUGAAGCAGCUGCACCUCUCGGCGAUCCAAGAGUAACUUUCGGGGAUUGCAAGUGACCGUGGUAGCGCAUCCCGUGUACCGCUGCUGGUGGCGAACCCCAUCGUCUUUCGAAACCCAAACAUUCGCUGCGUUGACAGUGGCCCCUCCUACGACAACCUCCUUCGUCUUAAAAGAUGGGUGGCGUGGAAGAUGCUGUAGAUGCUGCUUCACAGUUCAUCGGGCCCUAUUUGAAGAAGGGGAGAAGCGAAGCAAGAUUCAAAGCUUCAUCAGAUGGACGAGGAGUUUCCGAUGCGGAUGAGCUAUUAGAGCGAGCCCUCGCCCAUCUCCAAGCUAUCAACAAGGAAGAACUGGCACAGGAUCCAAACGCUCCAUACGAUGCAUCUUUGGUAGGAAUAGUCUAUGGGCUUCUGGAUCUCAUCACAUCACUAGGCAUACUGCCGUUUCUUUCUUCCGGUGUAGCGUACGGCCAACGUCCAGGCUCCGUCCUCGUAUCAUCGCUCUCAGUGCCGCCGGUGCACGAUGAUGAUCGUUUAUCUCAUGUCCUGCAGAUUCUAAUUCCCAUAUGGGAACAGGAAGGGGUUACAGGAGUUCACCCGCUACUUGCUGAGCGUAUACUCCCAGAUCUUCUCGCUGCCACUGCCGAACUGGCCUACUCACCAAGAUCAAGCGAAGAGUAUCACGCAACAUAUAAAGCACAAUUUGCAAAGAUCAUGGAUUUGACCCCAAUCUACCGACUGCUCCCGCUCCUCACCCCAUGGGCGGAAGAAAACAUCCCAGCAUGGCUCAAACAGAGGCUCAAGAAGGAGGUGGCAAUGAUCCCGCUCCGGCCUGACGGAAUCCGCCACAUUAUAGAGUUCAUAUCGAUGGCUUAUCUCUCUAAAAAUUCGAAGAUGCCGCAGGAUGCUGGGAAUGUACCGCGCUCGCAAGCUCCGAUCUCACUUGAGGCCAUGCCUCACGUAGCUAGACUUCUGGUGCAUCCGCUGACGGGAAUGGCUGAAGAAGAAUGGUUCGGACGACUCGAACCGCAGCUGUGGUCUCUCCUUGAUGGUGCAGCCGGUGUUGAGCUGAGCCGGGCAGCAGCACAUAUUAUCGUCGAAUUUCUGCUGCACAAGGCCACCGGUGCGCCCGGAACCGUAGGCUGGAAUCUUUUCGUCCUACCGAUACUUCGACCUCUCAAACCCCUGGAGGCGUCCGCAACAGUCAGACGUGACGACACACCCGAUCAUGUUCUUGUCGACGAGCGAGACCUACGGCUUGCCCUUCAAAGGCUGUCAGUGUUGGCUUCCGUCCUGACACGUCCCGGCCCGAUGAGAAAAAUGGUAGGCAUACCCCUUCUGCAACUUUGGGGCUUACUGGAGUAUGGCCGCGCUCGUCCAGCUUUGGAUUCCUUUUGGACCCGGACAACCCGCAACAUCUUGACAAAGUACAUGGCCGUGGCCUGCGAUCCCAAACAAGUUGAACUGAUCACAACGAAUCUUUUUUAUAACGGAGAUGGGUUCUGGGAAUACGCCCCUGGCUCCUUUGGUGGAGUGGAGCUCCGUCGAAGAAGGAAUGAUCAGAGCGAACAACAUGGCGUGGGCGACAUGAUUGCAAAUAUUGGACUCUUGGACGGCCACGUCGCUUCGUUUGUUUCAAUCCUGAAGGACGCCAAUGUGGACGAUGAGCAUGCUGGUACGCUCUUCGUGAGCAUCACCAAGAGGUGGUUGUCUGUCAAUAGAACUGCAGGAUCAUCAAAACCGUCUCUCACACAUGAACCAGACGUUGACCCGCUGGCUGCUCUUGCGAAUGCGAAGCUCCUAGAGGCAAUGAUUUCGGCCUUGCAACAGAAUUUUGUCAGGAGCCCAAAGCACAUCAUUGAGCUCAUGGGCCAGCUCUUGCAGAACUUUGUGGACGGGCACAAGGCCAAGUUGGGGAGAACAGUCGACACAUCACAACCAAGUCGCGCAGCUCUACGGCAUCUUGUGAAAAGGAAUGCACAUACAGCAGAAGUGGCCACCGAUGCGGAAUCGGAGGAGCUCACUUCGUUUGCGAUAAGUGUACUCAACAACCUCGUCACUUCUCCAAACUUCCAGGCCAAUGCGAACUCGGAACUGCUCGAUUCCAUCAUCCCCAGUCUUCAAUAUCUCUCGCAACCUCAAAGCGAUCCAUCUCUCUCGUCUCUCAUCACCAAUGCAUCUUCAAAUCUUCUACAAAUGCUGCAACCGUCAUCCACUACACCUCAAGAAGACGAUAUCCAAUCCAAACAUCGCGCGACCCUCAAGUCAGCAAUCACGGAACUCACAUCCCCCGAGCCUCCAAACCGUACUUGGGCCCUCUCGAUUAUUCGCAAACUCAUCCAAGACCCCACCGCAUUACCAGUUAUCGACGUUCCAUCAACCACGCACCUCCUUCUCUCUGCAUCUGUCGCCGAUCCCGAAACCUACGUCCACUUCGCCGCAAUCCCCGUCCUCGUCGAUCUCGCAACCCGGGUACCAAACCCUACGGUACGCAUUCUAGUCGACGCAAUCAUCGACGUCGAGGAGCGCUCGUUGCGCCUUACGAAGGAGAAGGAUAUUCAACAAGCGCUAGACUUCCGGCUCCGUGUGGGCGAGAUCCUGAAUAACCUCGUGAUGGAAGAUGAGUUCUGGAUCAGGGCGCCGACUAUGGGUCUCAGAUUUUCCAGCCUGAAGAUGAUCCUUGAUGCAGCACUAUCCGUUUCCAGUCGUCGCGGUCAGCGGAAACAGACGCUUUCACAACGCGACCUCAUCGCUGAGCAGGAGAGGAAGCAACAGGAAGAAGCGGAGGCUGCGUGGGGUGGUCCGAUACCUAACCUGCUAGAUCCUGAAGGCGAGAAUCCUGAUGAACAGCAGGAGCGCGAUGCAUUACUCAAGAUUGUGCAAGGGUGGGAGGACACGGGGAUUGAAGAAGAUGUGAGAAUGAGGGCUUCGGCGUUGAGUAUCCUAUCGGUGAUCUUGGAGAAGAGACUCGAGUUGCUGAACCAGGUUGCUGUGGAUGCCGGGCUGCAGAUGGCGCUUCAGAUUUUGGCUAUUGAAACGGGGAGUGAGAAGGCUAUUUUAAGACGCGCAGCCGUUCUGGUAGUGAUGGGGUUGUUGAGAGGCAUGGACGCUUUGCUUGAGCGGGGGAAAGAAAGUGCAUCCGGUCUAACAAUGAGAAGCACGGAAGAAGUGGAGAGGGUAGUCUCUUGGGUCAAGGACGAAGACAGAGAUGAUCUUGUGAGAGGCCAUGCGGAAAAUGUUCUUGAAGGUUUGGAAACUUGGAAGAUGAAGAAACUGUUCAAACUUGACGAGGAGAAGUUCAGGCUCAGCGCGGAUCUAGGAUUGGAGGGCCAACUACAAGGUUUGGACGUCAAUCCCAGCUCACGAUCGGGCGAAAAGGGACGGAAGCGGCUUGUCGUGGAGGAGAUUGAGUAGAUUUCUCUGGUUGCCGACUGCUUUGUAGCGUCGGCCAUGCGUUGUUUGAAUCGAAGAUUCGGAGUCCCGCUGCCACAGCAGACCAUGCCUGUAGCUUGUCCUUAGAC